UGAUAAGUUAAUAAAUGAGCUAACUCUUGUCUAAUACUAAUAGUAAUGAAAAUGUAAUGGAUAAUAAUGAUGAUUUAUCUGAUUAUGAUGAUGUGGAACUUCCUAAAAUGUAAAGGAUGAAUGCCCUUAUCAUUUUUGAAUAAAAAGAUGAUAUAAAAAUACAGAAAAUUGUUCCAAAAAAUAAUAAUAAAAUAUAUUUUUCUGAAAAUUGCCCAAUAUGCUUAGAAGAAAAAAAAUUAAUUCCAUUAGAGUGUGGACAUACAUUUUGUUUUGAAGACAUUUAAGAAUUAAUAAUUUAGGCUCGGAAAACAAAUAGAAAUAUACUAUGUAGUAUAUGUAGAACUGUAUAGAAUCCAUUAAUUUAUUGUGAGAAGUAUUUAGUAAAUUCUUUGAAUACUGUUAGAUGAAAGAAUUUGAAAUGAAACUUGAUUAUUUCUAUUAGAUUAUUAAUAUAAAAUAAAAAAUGUAGCUUUAGAAAUAAUCAAAUAUAUGUAAUAAAGAAAGCGAAUUUGAGAAAUGCUUAAACUGUAAUAAACCAAUCAGUUCUUCGAAAUUGAAAAUACAUCAAGCUAUUUGUGCAGAUACAAUAUCAGGCAAAGAUUAAGAAAUUUUGGAUGAAUAGCUAGCUAUGCUAAUCGAAUAAAAUAAAAUAGAAUCAUAGAUAUUUGGAUUACCAUAUUAAGAUAAUCAAAUCAAAUAAUAACUAGCUCAACCUGAAAAUCAAGCUUAAUUAAAAGAUGAUGUUCCAAACCAAAUUAAUCACGUUUCUUAACCUACAAGGUUUUCUGAGAUGAGAUUUUAAGAUAACCAUAGACAAGUAAAAAUACAUUCAAAAUAUAGGAAUAAUAAUAAAUAAAUGAAUUUUUAAAACCAUAAUAAAUUGAGUUAAGUAAUAAACCAAAAUUAAAUUCUCAGGAUUAUUUUGAAGGAAUGAGAGAAUAAAACCAUCAAUUUAUAGUUUAAAAUGAUAAAUCCAAAUAAAAUCAUUCACCUUUUCAUAAUAAAUAACAACAUCCAAUGAUGAAAUUUAAUUAAUAAGAUCUUUCUUAAAAAGAUAAUAUCAACAAAUCUCCUCAAAAAUCAAUAAAGAUUGUCGAAUAAUUAAAAGAAGAACCUCAAUAAUUAAUUGCUUAAAAUAAUUUAAUUUAAUAAUUGAAAUAUAUUCCUAUAUCAAAAUAAAAUUAUGGAAAUAACAAUAGACAACAUUCAAGAGAGAUCAAUGAUGAUUAAUUCAGUUACACAUUUUCUACCCAAUUUAAUGUUGCAGAAUAGCAAGUUACUAACAAAAACUAAUAGUCUGAACAGAAUUAAUUAGCUUAAAAUCAAAUCUCUGAUAAUUAGAACCUAGUUAGAAGGCAUCAAAUAUUUGAUCAAUCAAAAAGACCUCCAAUUUAAAAUUAAUAAGAAUAACAAUAACAAUAAUAAUCAAUAAAAUAAUAAAAAUAAUCAUUCUAAUAAUAAGAAUUACUAUAAUAAUAAAAAUAAUCACAAGAAUAAAUAUAACAAUAAUAACAAUAAUAAUAACAAAAAUAAACAUAAUAAUAAUAAUAGUAACAAUAAGAAUUACAAUAAUAAUAAAAAUAAUAAGAAUAACAAUAAUAAUAAUAAUAAUAAUAAUAAUAAUAAUAAUAAUAAAAAUAAUUAUAAGAUUAAUAAUAACAAUAAUCACAAUAAUAAAAAUAAAGAUAAUAACUAUAAAAAUAACAAUAAAAAUAUUACUAAUUAAAACAAUAACCAUUAUUAUAAGAAAAUUAAUACUAGAAAAGAAGUUAAUAUUCUUAGUAAUAUUUAGAAUAAUCUUAGUGGAAAAGGCAACCUGAAUAUAAUUACUUGAAAUAAUUAAAAGAUGAAUAAUUAUAAUAUUAAUAACCAAUAAAUAUGGUUUAAAAACAAACCCAAUAAUAAUAAUAACAAUAGAAAUAAUAACAACAAUUUAAAGAAAUAAUUCAAGGCUAAUUCUAACCAGUUGAAGAAGGAAUAAAAUGCGUGAUUCGGAUUGAAGAAUAAAAUAUAUAGGCCAACGAAAAUAAUGAAAAUAAAAAAAAAAUAAUUCGAGAGGAAAGAUUACCAGUAAAAAAAACGACCAUCGAAUAAAAAUAAUCAUAAAAUUAGAUUAAGUUGAAUCCGUAUGUUCAAUAAUAAUUAAAAAAUAAAGGUAGAGAAUAAAAUCUAAAUAAUUAAAAAUAAUCAUAUUAGAAACAUGUUUAGAGUAAUUAUUAGUAAAUAAACUAAAAAGAUAACAUUUUAGAUAGAAAUAGAACACUAAGCCACAAUCAAGUAAGAGAAUAAUUUAAAUAUAUACCUGGGACUGCGGUUUCAGAUUGGUAAGUCAAUUAAAUGUCUGCAGAAGAAAUCUACGAAUAUUUCACUUAAUUAGAUUUAGAAAAUUAAGUAGGUCUAAAAAGCAAGAUUAAUUUAUUAGAUAAUAAAAGAGUAUAAGUAAAUGUUACAGAUAAUUGUACAAUUUGUAUGGAAGAUAUUUAACCUUAAAAAGAAGCUGUUGAUGUUAGAUUAGAUUGUAAUCAUUAAUUUCACUUUGAUUGCAUUAAAUAAUGGUUAAUGAAAUAAAAAUUCUGUCCGAUUUGCAAAGAUUAUGUCGAUUUUAAUUACUAUAAUUUUGAAUGA